AUGCCACGUUCCGUCACAAACACUCAUUCGCCCAUGGAUAGCAAGAAGGGCGUCAUCAAAAUUGAAGAUACAUCUCAACUCGAUUCAAAUCCACACUCGUCUGUCAAGAUUACGCCGCCGCGAUCGGAUCCUCCUCCAACGGUCAAAGAGCCUCCUGAUCAGGCCGAUAGCAAAGACAUCAAGCCCAUAUCCAAUGCUGAGACGGCACAGCCACUUGCUCCCCCACCACGACCCGGGCCAACACAUCAGAACGCAGAGGAAGGCGUCGAUUAUUUUUCAGGAGGCCACACCAACAGUCAUUUCUCUCGUGAACCCAACCCCUUCGAUCAAUCCUUCGGCAACCCAUCGUCAGAGCUCCCCGCGAAUAAGUCAUUGUUGCCACCUGUCGCAGCUUUAACGUCACCAGCGCCGCUGGGUGGAGACGGUCCGUCUGCAGGUGGAUAUAAUUGGCCAGGCUCGUUACGAUCCGGGCCACUGAGUCCUGCUAUGCUUGGUGGACCUGUCGGCGCUGCGCCAAAUGAUUACUUCGACCCAUCGCUAAGAGGAAGUUUUCCUUCGGGCGUGACACCCAACGAAUCGUCACUUCGCACGGGCCUUACACCUGGUGGUGGAGGGUCUAUGUUCCCAGCGCCCAGUCCGAAUUCACAGGCCCUAUUUCAACAGCUCGCCAAUGGUGGUGCUACUCCAAACACACUAGAUUUCCACCGAACGGCCAUGAACGCUGCGGCGGCGCGAAAAGGCAAUCACACAAACGGUUCAAACACACAAGCAGAAGACCAGCGGGCACCUGUCGCACCUAUGGAUCCGUCACUGCAACAACAGCCCCAACAGCCGACCUUUGGCCAGCACGACAACGAUGCCGCAAAUGGCUUGUUCCUGCUUGCCCAAGCUGGCAAUGGAGCGCAAGCUAACCACCAAUACGCCAUUCCCAACACGAACAACACUAUGACAAGCAACCGAUCCCACGAAACGUCGCCAAACAUGUCCAAAGGAGCGCGUAAUGGCAAUGGUUCAAUAGGAGGCCAGAGUGAGAUGAGUGGGGAUAUCUCUGACAGUGGCGACCAAAGCAAACCUACUACGAGAAAUAGGGCUAAACGCGCCUCCGCUGGUGCAAAUGCUGCACCAAACAAUGGGAGACGAAAAGCAGAUGAUACUCCACCAAAGCAGCCGUCUGCCAAGAAACAAAAGAAGAACCAUAACACUUCAAUGAUGGAUAUAGAUGGCAUGGAUUCGGAAGAAGAGCAACCGAACAUCAAAGAAGAACAAUACCACCCAGACGGAAAGAAAAUGACCGAUGAAGAGAAGCGGAAGAAUUUUCUCGAGAGAAAUAGGGUGGCAGCAUUGAAGUGCAGACAGCGCAAGAAGCAAUGGCUUGCCAAUUUGCAAGCCAAGGUCGAAAUCUUCAGCAGUGAGAAUGACUCGCUUUCUGCGCAGGUGUCUUCCCUGCGUGAGGAGAUUGUGGGACUCAAAACUCUACUUCUGCAACACAAAGAUUGUCCGGUAUCCCAAAGCCAGGGCCUCGGUGGCUACUUCCAACAACAGCAAGAUUUUAAUGCUCACGCACAUCCAUACGGCAUGGGCAUGCCAAAUGGUCAGCAGGUAAUGGCUGGACAGAGAAGGUAG